AUGUCGUGGCAGGCGUACGUUGAUGACAGCCUUAUCGGCAGCGGUAACAUGCACAGCGCCGCCAUUAUUGGAGCUGCUGACGGCAGCUACUGGGCGUACGGCGGUAGCUACAUUCCGCAGCCGGAAGAGGUGAAACAUAUUCAGAAGUGCUUGGCCGACUUCUCGCUUGUGCAGUCCUCUGGUGUCACUAUUUACGGUGUCAAGUUCUUUGGCCUCCAGUGCGGCACCGAUGGCGACACUAAGCACAUCUUCUUCAAGAAGGGUGCGGCUGGCGGAUGCAUUUACACUACGAAGCAGGCAUUCAUCGUUGCCGUGUACGGCGACCCCGGUGACACCUCCUCGCUCCAGCAGGCUCUUGCGAAGAACGCAUCUCACGCGGCCGCCGUGAACCCUGCGGACUGCAACACGACAGUGAAGCGCAUUGCGGAUUACCUCGUCAAGCUUGGCUACUAA